AUGGUGGUGGUUGAUUCGUCGGUGGUCCUCCAGCGGGUGGAUUUCUGGGUUGUUCUGCUCGCGGUGGUGGCGAGGACUUACUUUUGGAUGUUUUAUACGCCAUUUUCUUCUUGUCCAUGGUUGGAAUUUCAGUCUGUUUUGUGGUGGGUGCGGUGGUCGAAAUUGCAGGGGAAGAAGCCGAGUGGUAUCAAUCCCCACUCGGUGAAACGGGAUACGUGGGUUCAGAUUGAUUCAGUUUUUAAAAAACUGAACUUUCAAACAAAUACACUAGUGAUCGGUGAAAAUGGGCAUUUCGGUCCUACUUAUGCAAAAUUUUCUCUCGCUUUCUCCUUGGAGAAAUUUGCAAUCCAAAUACUAGCAGACCAAAAGAGCUUUUCGGGCAAAAGACAUAGUAGUGAUGCGUCCUUUGACUCCUUUUCUCGAAACAUCUCUUACAAACAAGUAAAGAUAUUAUGUCAUUUUUUGCAGUUCAGGCUAGCUUAUGUUGCUCCUGAGUCCAGAGUUGCUGGAUCUGGAGAUUUAGUCGAUGACCCUAAAUUGAUUGCUCGAAAUUAUUUCCGUGGAUGCUUUGCUGUUGAUUUCUUCAUUGUACUGCCCCUGCCACAGGCAAGUAGUCUCAUUUUAAUAAUUAUAUUAGUGGUCUUACCCGGUUCAAUUGGAGCAAAUUAUGCAAAAAAUCUUCUUCGAGCAGCAAUACUCAUACAGUAUAUUCCAAGGCUGUGGAGAUUCUUACCUUUAGUUACUGGUCCAUCUCCAACUGGCUUCAUCUUUGAAUCGGCAUGGGCAAAUUUUGUCAUCAAUCUUCUUACCUUUGUUUUGGCAAGCCAUGUAGUCGGCUCGUGUUGGUAUCUCUUUGGCCUGCAGAGGGUCAAUCAAUGUUUUCGAGACGCUUGUAGUAACAGCAAUAUUACGGACUGUACGGAAUUCAUCGACUGCGGACACGGAAAUGCUAACGAGAGAUUCACGGAUAGUAGAGGAGAUUGGGAUAUGUGGAAGAACAAUGAGAAUGCAAGUGCUGCUGUCAAUAUAACCACUCAUAGAAGUUUAGUUAAAAGAUACGUGUACUCGUUGUUUUGGGGGUUUCAGGUAUCUUUAUGCGACACCACCAUGUUAUAUCUAUAUUGA